AUGGGAGACAGUUUCGAGAAAGUAGUAAAUGUUGAAACAGCCAAACAGCUAUUCGUUUAUUUAUCACUGAGAUCAUUUUACUGUCAGACGAUUUUAAUUGAUUUUAGAUUGUACAAUCGUAGAAUCAUAAAUCAGAAUCAGGAUUCUGAUAACCAUGUGAAACAACAAAAUGAAGAUGAAAAAGAUAACAAAUUUGGUUUAUAUCCUGGAUUUCAAAACAAUUUACCAGUUGUAGCUGCACCAACAACGCCUGCUAAGUAUCUUUACAUUGAUAUUCAGGCAGAUAAUGGAAUAAUCACUGCUGCAUUUGAUAAAAACGAUCUCUAUUUUAUGGGUUAUACGAAACGGAAGGGAAUGAAAAAGAUAACUAGUUUGCUCCUGGUAGCCAUUGCAACUAGUGUGAUCCUUCAAUGGACUUACAAUGCAGCAGAUCUAACAUUCAUUGUGACUAAUAGUGCUACCAGCCAAAGCUACUCCACACUAUUGAAUAACUUUCGAGAUAGAAUUAAAGAUCCAAAACUAACAGGAACUUAUGGAUUUCAAAACAAUUUACCAGUUGUAGCUGCACCAACAAAACCUGCUAAGUAUCUUUACAUGGAUAUUCAGGCAGAUAAUGGAAUAAUCACUGCUGCAUUUGAUAAAAACGAUCUCUAUUAUGUGGGUUAUGCUCAUACUGCUGAUGGACCCAAGAAAGUACGUCUCUUCAAAGACGCUCCAACUGACGUAAAGUUGAUUUUUCCCGACGUUACAAAUAAAAACAAUCGAUAUUAUUCGACCAUUACUGGAAACUAUAUUGAUCUUGGAGAUCGAGCCUCUGUAGGGUUGGGAGCUAAACCACUUAAUAAGUUUAUUAAUGAAGAAAUUUAUACAGAAAGGAAAUUUGAUAUAACAACAGAUAGAAAGCUAGCGCUUAUGGUCAUCCAAACUAUUGCAGAAGCAUCGCGAUUUACAUAUAUUGAGGGUGAAAUCGUGAGUAAAUUUAGUGAUAAUAGUGGAUUCAAAUGUAAUGAUAAAGCCAAGUCACUGGAGAACAAUUGGAAAACAACCAGUAAAACUGUCAAGGAUUCUACUGGUCCUAGAAUUGAUUUGGAAUUAAAAGAUAAAAAUGGUAAAGUAAUCUGGAAAUGGUUACAAGUCGGAGAAUUAGUUGAUGUCAUCGGGAUUCUUAAAAAUCUUGGGUAG